CGGAGCUCCCCGGCAAUGUCGUCGUCGUCGAGAUCGACGCGCUCCAGCAUCUCCCCAUUCCGAUCCCGCCGCUCGCCCGCGGCGCCUCCGCCGGCGAGGACCUCGUCGGGAGGCCGCGGGUCCACCCCGUCCUCCUCCGCCGCGCGGCCGACCACCCCGUCCUCCUCCUCCGGCGGCCGCCCCACCACCCCCUCCGCCGCCUUCGCGCGCCCCGCCACCCCGACCUCCUCCGCGCGGCCCACCACGCCGUCCUCCACCGCCUCCGCGCGCCCCACCACGCCCUCCUCGGUCUCCUCGCGAGCAGCCGGUGGGAGGGCGCCUUCCGCCGCGGACGCGUCCAAUGCCAAGGAGAACAUCAUGGUCACCGUCCGCUUCCGCCCCCUCAGUCCUAGAGAGAUCAACAAGGGGGACGAGGUGGCUUGGUACGCUGAUGGCGACAACAUGGUGCGCAACGAGUACAACCCGAGUAUCGCCUAUGCUUUUGAUAAAGUUUUUGGCCCAGCUACUACAACUCGCCGCGUGUAUGAUAUUGCUUCUCAGCAUGUUGUAAGUGGUGCCAUGGAAGGAAUUAACGGUACUGUUUUUGCAUAUGGUGUCACUAGUAGCGGGAAAACUCAUACAAUGCAUGGAGAGCAAAAGUCACCUGGAAUUAUCCCGUUGGCUGUGAAGGAUGUGUUCAGCAUUAUUCAAGAUACCCCUGGACGAGAGUUUCUUCUGCGGGUGUCAUAUCUUGAAAUUUACAAUGAGGUUAUAAAUGAUUUACUUGAUCCGACAGGACAGAAUCUUAGAAUUCGAGAAGACGCACAGGGAACUUAUGUGGAAGGGCUUAAAGAAGAGGUUGUUUUAUCACCUGCACACGCACUCUCUCUGAUAGCAUCUGGAGAAGAGCACAGACAUGUUGGAUCCAACAACUUCAAUCUCGUCAGUAGUCGGAGCCAUACUAUAUUCACAUUGACCAUCGAGAGCAGCCCCGCUGGUGAAACUGAAGAGGAAGAAGUGAGAUUAUGCCAAUUGAACUUGAUUGAUCUCGCUGGGUCUGAGAGUUCCAAGACUGAAACAACUGGAUUACGUCGCAAAGAAGGUUCAUACAUAAACAAAAGCCUGCUCACCCUUGGAACUGUUAUUGCUAAACUUACAGAUGGCAAGGCUGCUCAUAUUCCCUAUAGAGACUCAAAGCUCACACGCUUACUUCAGUACUCUCUGAGCGGCCAUGGACGCAUUUCUCUUAUUUGCACAGUUACCCCUGCUUCCAGUAACACUGAAGAGACACAUAAUACAUUAAAAUUUGCCCACAGGAGCAAGCAUGUCGAAUUGAAAGCUUCUCAAAAUAAGAUAAUCGAUGAGAAGUCCUUGAUAAAGAAGUAUCAGAAGGAGAUAACAUGCUUGAAAGAAGAGCUGCAGCAACUGAGACGUGGCAUGAUGGGAAAUGGGUACAUUCUUCCGACGGAUCAGGAGGAUCUUGUUAACUUAAAACUUCAGCUUGAAGCUGGCCAAGUCAAACUUCAGUCAAGGUUAGAACAGGAAGAAGAAGCAAAAGCAGCAUUGAUGGGUAGAAUUCAGAGGUUAACAAAACUGAUAUUGGUGUCAACCAAAAGUUCAAUAUCCGCAAAUGUUUUAGGAAAGGCUAGCCUCCGCCGACGGCAUUCAUUUGGCGAAGAUGAGCUUGCUUAUUUACCCGACCGAAAGCGGGAGUACGGCGAGGACGAUGAUGUUAGCCUUGAUUCAGAGUUUUCAACUGAAGCAAAACUAGAUUCUCAUACUUCUGACGAGCCUAUUAGGUUUGAUAGAAGGAAUCGCAAACGUGGUAUGCUUGGUUGGUUCAAACUAAAGAAGUCGGAGCAAUUAUCUGGACUGUCAGCUAGUGUCGAUAGUGACAGCACAGCUAGUGGCUCGCCUUCCUUCUCCAGAUCAUCACAGCAAAAACACCUAUUGCUUGACCUGAAGGAUGGUCACAGGAAAUCUGUGACUAGGAAAGCAGAUGAUCCAGCACUUAGUGAUUCUUUUCUAGAGAGGACUCAAGCUGGUGAUCUAUUUAGUGCUGCACCUAUUGCUCGACACCCAUUGCCGAGUGGAACAACUAUCGUGGAUCAAAUAGACCUUCUUCAAGAGCAGGUCAAAAUGCUGGGUGGGGAAGUCGCACUUUCUACAAGCUCACUCAAAAGGUUGUUGGAGCAAGCAGCCAACAACCCUGACGAUUCACAAAUUCAUAGCCAAAUUGAGAGGUUGAAAAAUGAUAUCGGUGAAAAGAAAUCACAUAUGCAUGCGUUAGAACAGCGUAUAAUGCAAUCACUGGAAACUACAGAUGACCCAGCUAUUAGGACUGAGAUGUCCCAGACCUUUUCAAAGUUGACCAUGCAAUUGAGCGAAAAAACAUUUGAACUGGAGAUCAUGUCUGCAGAUAACAAAAUCCUUCAAGACCAGCUACAAGCAAAGGUAUCGGAAAAUGCAGAACUCCAAGAAGCAGUUGCGCAAUUGAGGCAAGAGAACAGUAAAUUAUUGAAGGCUUUUAGGAGUGAGUCUGCUACGCAGUUUAGUGAACCAUCGACGGCAAGAAGUGAUUCUAGGGAUCAGGCAGAUGAAUUCUCAAGUCAUGCAAACAUUCCCUCUAGAACAGUGGAAGAUAGUAGGGAAUCACCAUUAAAAUCUCAAGUACUCAUGCAGGCUGCAGAAAUUGAGAAUUUGAAGCAAGACAAUCUGACGCUGACGGAAGAGAAGGAUGGCUUGGAAAUUCACAGUCAAAAGCUGGCUGAAGAAUCAUACUACGCAAAAGAAUUGGCAGCUGCCGCUGCAGUUGAACUAAAGAAUUUGGCUGAAGAAGUCACCAGGCUUUCUUAUGAAAAUGCAAAGCUGGCUGCAGACUUAACUGCAGCAAAAGAGCUUAAUUCAUCGGUUGCAAGGGGCAGUAUCCACAAUGACACAAAACGCCGUGAUCAGGAAAAUGGAUAUUUUGCCGAGGAGAUGCAGAAAGAGUUGGUUGCUAGUUGUGAGAGGGAGGCUGCGUUAGAGGACACAUUAUCCCAAAAGUCCCGGCGAGAAAAUGAGCUUUUGAAGAUAAUUGAUGAUGGGAAGUGCCAUGAGCAGGAUUUAGAAAAUGAGCUGGCAAGCAUGCGGGUCCUUGUUUCGAAGAUGAAGAAAGAAAACUCUCAGGAGGAUUUGUUUGAAUUCAAAUCAAAGCAAAAUGGCUUUCAUUCAGCGAAGAAUGAUACCGGCAGAACCCUAAGCGAAAUGGAAGCUUCGGAUAAUUGGAAAUAUGAUGGCGUCAGUACUCUAGAAGAAGCAAAAGCUGCGUACAAUUUUGAAAGAAGGCGCUGCAAAGAGUUGGAAAACGCAAUGUCCAGAUUGAAGGGUGAAGACAUUAGAGGGUUAGAGGUUAAAGUCCUUGAAGAGCUACAAAACUUUCAUGUGGAAGCACUGUCAAGGAUUUGCCAAGAAAAGAUGGCAAAACAGAUGCUAUAGCAGGCCUUUUUUCAAGUUUAGAGGCUGCUUCCACCUCUCCUCAUGUUUGUCGGCUGCUGUUUAUUCACACCAUAUAUUGCUGCUACAGCCGAAGCAAUGCUGAUCCUAAUGCGUUACGACUUACCACACUGGAGUAGAUAACCUGGAACGGCCAGCCCUCGCCUGUGUCAACAGAAACAAAGGGGGGAAGCAAAAUAUAGUUCUGACUUCUUGCCCUGAUGCUAAUCUACCGGUACUUACUCUCCUGUACAGUUUACUGGAUUAGAAAGACCCACUUGUAGAUUUGUAUUAACUGGCCGUAUGGGCUAGCAAAGAAGACGCCCAAGGCCUAGCUAGACCGGGCUUUUGCCAGUUGUUGUUCGCGGUACUUGUAGCCUGUGUAGACGGACACGUGAUCCCCCCACCCCCACAAUUGAACGGAUGAAACUGUAGGUCCUCUCGUACUUGUUGGCUGAAGCAAAGCUGCAGUUUUCGCAUAUUACUGUUC